GUUUUAAGGGAGGAGGAGGGCUUUCCACACCGGACCGGACCGGAGGGAGAAUUAAGAGGGGAAAAAAAGCGAGAAUCGUUAGAAGAAAACCUAAUGGUUCAGAUCGGAUCUGAAACCUCUACCGAUUACUGCGACAUCCACGAUGGAUGGCAGGUAAUGGUAACGAAGCGCUACUACAACCAAGGCUUGGUUAAUUUUGUGGCCAGAAAGAUUGAUCCGAAUGAAAGCCUAGCUAACAACAAAAACGCCUUCCGUGUACUCAUGACGUUGGAUGAGGAAACUGAAAAGCCGAUUCUGUCUUUUUCCGAAGCCGCGGCAAAGAUCGAUCCCUCUCAUCUUGCGGCUUUCCUCGUCCACGAGAAGGACUUAUGGAGAUUUUACUUUUACCUUGAGAAAGCUUUUUCCCAAGUAUCAUUACCAUGGGUGAAGAUGUUAAAGGAAUUGCCUUUGUCCAAGCUGCUGAUCCAUCUUUCAUUAUGUCAUAUUCCUAUAUCUGUCUACGACACAUUAGCCGAUUGGAUCAAGCAGCCUAAAAUUUAUGAACACUUGAAUUUUGUUACUUGGGCGCUUGAUCGCAUUCUCACCGAUUGGGAAUCAGCACAACAAGGACUCGAUUCUAAAGCUGUGGCCAAAUUUGUUGAAUUAGCCUUGCUAUUGCGCUGUAGUAAUCCUAAUAUUGUUACUACUGUUUUGCGGAUGCUGAGGGUGAGACCUAGGUAUCAAGGCCAGGACACGCUUCCGGUUCUAGUUUGGAUGCUGGCUCAGGCCACCCACGGUGAUUUCUCUGCUGGCUUGUAUUCAUGGGCUCAUGUCUUGUUACCACUAGUCGGCAGUUACAAGCGCCGCCGCCCUCGCUCUAUUGAUCUCAUCCUGCAAUUUGUUGAGAUCAUUUUGUCAAAUACAGAGGCUCAGACCAUACUUGUAAAUCGAGCUGUUUGGGAGGAAGAGCGGCUGAUUCCACCUUCUUCAUUUGAGACCUUGCUGCGGCUUACAUUCCCUGCUUCAUCUGCUAGAGUAAAGUCAACAAAGAGGUUUGAGGCAAUUUAUCCCUUGUUGAAAGAAGUAGCCCUUGCACCAGAGACUGCAACAGGAGGAAAGGCAGUGGAACAGAUAUUCACAUUUUCUUUGAAAUUAGCUGGAGAAGGUGUUGUUGUUACAGGAAAUCCUGGUCUAGCCAAGGAAGCUGCAGCAAUCGCUAUCCGGUCUGUGACAGAACACGUUGAUUGCUUUAACCACUGGGAUAUUCUCUAUGAGGAUUAUUUAGAAGCUAGCGUUGCUCUUCUUAGAAAGCUUGCAGACGAAUGGAAGGAUCAUUCCCCUAAAUUAUUAUCAUCACCAGGUGAUACUCUCGCUGUCAAUCGAGCUAUGAGUAGCUUCAGGCUUCAGAAUGAAAAAGGCAUCACUGAAGGAGGAGCCAAUUGUUCACUUUACAACGAAGCUGACAAGUCGUGCAAACUGAUCUUGGGGAGACUCUCCCGUGAAAGUGGCCGCUUCAAUAUAGCACCCAUUACCGCUGUGGUUCUAGCUGCUGCAGGAAGCGUUGCAGGAGCCGCACUAGCUCUAUAUGCUUACCACUAGCAUAAAUGGGGCCGGGUUUCGUAUAUUAUAGCCACAAAGUUUGGGAUCUAGCUAGGGCUGGUCCAAGCAAACUUAUAAAUAUUAACUUGGGAUCUAGGGCUGGUCCAAGCUAACUUGUAAAUAUUGUUAAUAUAUGAAUAGUCAGGUCAAAGGAAAAACUUGGGAGAGUUCAUCGCAGCCACAGUGCCAUAAAAGAUUAUCCUUUUUGACUUGGGGCGGUGAUAGCUACUACAGUAUUCCGAUCAAUUAAUUUGAUUACUGUUCGGAUUUAUUAAAAUUAGACUCA